AAUGCACGCGACCAUCACUACUGUAGCCCGGCACAUGGCAGCAUCCUGGCCGGGUCAAAGGUCGGGAAGGCCGCUGGCGCUUGUGGGCUGAAUGCUGGCAACCGACCCUUUGAUCCAUGAGCACUUUCCGCAGUACCUGCCAUCUGAGGAUGAGCUGGCCAUUACUGUGCAGAUGGUGGCCACCAAGCCUGAGCUUGACAAGCAGCUGAAGGAGAUCAUUGCAGUUGACGCCGAUGUCACAGCGACACUUCGGCGCUUCUGCUGGCAAGCAAAGCAGGACGACCUGAAAGGGGCUGCCUGCGCACAAGAGGCUGUGAAGCUUCUGGAGCAAUGCGUGCAGAAGCGCCAGCAGUUGGGCCUUGACUCCAUCCUGGGAAGCUCCCCUGGCUUUCCGGAGGAGUACUGGGAGUCCUUCAUCAAAACUGUACCCCAGACCUAUCAUGGACUUGGCCGGCGAGGGCAGCCUGUCAUGCUCAUCCGCUUCGGCGGCAUUGAUCCUGCUCGCUUCCGGGACUUUCUGGCGGCUGGCAAAGAAUACUCCCGCGGCGACGUCAACGCUGCGGUGCUUUGCUUCCUCAGAUGUGAAGAGUGCCUCUUCCAGCGCACGGUGCCACAGGAGAGUCGGCGCAUUGGCCAUCUUACUGACCGUGUGUUGCUGAUGGUUGAUUUGUGGGGCAUGGGCUUGGGCCACAUUUCCUUUGCUCGGGACUUCCUGGCCGUGGCUGUCAAACAGACGGUCCUGCUGUAUCCGGAGACCUUGGACCGAGUGCUGGUUCUGAACGCCGCUUGGUCUUUCGCCCGCCUCUUGUGGCCGAUUCUCAAACAGCUGCUGCACCCAGUUACCCAACGCAAGGUUGAGAUCGUGGAUGCAAGCGGCACACGAGAGAAGUUGCUGGAGCAUCUUGAGCCUGACAAGAUUCCUUCUUGCUUUGGAGGAGAUCAUCCAGGAGUUCAUAUGGGUAGACUAUUGUGACAUUGUGACCACUCCCCACCAAAAGGACAACAACCAAUGCCAAACAAGGGUUUGGGCUGGAAUACAUUUGCUAGCUACA